AUGAGCACUCCCAUGAGGAUUGCCAUCAUCGGCGCUGGACCCGGCGGCUUGGCUACUCUCAAGACUGUCCUUGAAGCGUCGACACCAGAAACACCCAUUGAGGCAUGCUUGUUUGAAGCUGAAGACGAGAUCGGCGGUACAUUUCGGUACCGCUCCUACGACAAUGCAGAGCUGGUGAGCAGUAAGCAGCUCACAGCGUUCUCGGAUCAUCGGUUUCCGUUAGAGACGUCAGAUCAUGUAUCGCUCCCAGCAUACGUCGACUAUCUCAAGUCGUACAUUGCGCGAUUCGGCCUGGAACAGUACAUAAAGCUCAACUGCCGUGUGACGAGUGUCCGUCCACUGGAGAAUCAGAAGUGGAAGCAUCGGGUCACCUAUUCCGCCAAGAACUUUCCGGAGGAGCAAGUAUAUGACUGCUCGCACAUCGCUGUCUGCACCGGACUCCAUGUCGAGCCGAACAUUCCGUCGAUUCCAGGCAUCGAACAUGUGCAGGGCGACGUGUUCCAUUCCUCCAAGUACAAGAGCCGGUCGCAGGUGGCGCAUCGCAAUGUAUUGAUCCUGGGCUGUGGAGAGACAGCAAUGGAUAUCGCGUACGAAUCCAUCAAAGCGGAUGCACAGUCGGUCACAAUGUGCUUCCGGACGGGCUUUCUCUCCUUCCCCAAACAGCUCAGCCGCUUCCAGGUCUUCGGCAAGACCUUCAAGGGCGGGUUGCCUAUCGACGGGCUGAUCACCAACCUAUUCGAGACCGCAUACGUCCAUCAUGCAAUUGCCCGCAGCCGCCUCCGCUGGUUCGUCUCCGACUUCGUCAUCAAGCGCGUCCUAUGGUUCCUGACCGGCACCCAAGCCGGAAUGAACCAGCACGUCGGCGAACUGCCCCCGGACCGCCUGGGGCGCGCAUACGUCUUCCUCAACAAGAGCAACAAGGCGAUGCCAUACCUCAACCGGCCGUACCAGACCCGCAACCCGCUGCUGAGCCUGAUCGGGAACCGAUACAUCGACCCGCCUGAGGAUGCCAACUCCGACCGCUACGUCGACACCUGCACAUGGCCGCAGUCCAUCGACAACACCGGCACGGUCACCUUCACGCCCGAUCCCAAGCGCAAGGACUGGCAGCGGAUGAAGACCAAGACGGUCAAGCCAGAUUGCGUCGUUUACUGCACGGGAUACAAACAAACCUUCUCAUACCUCAACGCCUCCUACCCCACCGCCGCAGACGCCCACACCCGCAACAUCAUCAACGCCUCCCACCCGGACCUCGCCUUCAUCGGCUUCGUCCGCCCCGGCGUCGGCGCAAUCCCCCCCAUCGCCGAACAACAAGCAAUGUGGUGGACCGCCCUCAUCACACACCGCAUGCCCGUCCCGAUGGACCCCCCGCACUACCACCUCCUCUCGGCCCCGACCUCGCGCAUCCAGUACGGCGUCGACCACAGCGCGUACAUGAGCACGCUGGCGCGCGACUUCGGCGGCGCCCCGGGCCUGUGGCAGCUGUAUCAGCGGCACGGGCUGCGGAUCCUGCUGACGUACUGCUUCGGGGCGACGUUUGUGACGUUCUACCGGCUCGUCGGGCCGUUUGCGUCGCCGCUGGCGCCGGAGAUUGUGCGUGCGGAGCUGGCGGAGACGAUUGUGCGGAGGGGCGUGCUGGGAAAUGUGGUUUUUGGGGUCGUGCCGAUGGUGUUCUAUGGGGUUGUGAAUGCGGUGGCGUGGGUGUUGGAUGCGAUGGGCCUGAUUCGAGAGGAGAAGAGGUAA